CCGGCUGUGACCCCUCUCUCUGUGCACCAGCUGGGGCAUGGCCGUCAAUGUGUAUUCCACAUCCGUGACCAGCGAGAACCUGAGUCGUCAUGACAUGCUGGCCUGGGUCAACGACUCCCUGCACCUCAACUACACCAAGAUCGAACAGCUCUGCUCAGGUGCUGCGACUGCCAGUUAUGGACAUGUUGUUCCCGGGCUGCGUGCACCUGCGGAACGCACCCUCGGUGUUAGCCGCCGCCCCCCCAUAUCUGCAGCCACCCCUGGAGAACUCCUGUGCGUGCGCCUGCCCGCCCGCACCCGCGUUGCCAGCAGCACCCCCGGUGACUCAGCAACUUCAACAAAAACCCAAGACACCAUUGGCACUGCAGCCCCCCAGAGAACCUCCCCCACAACCCCGAAGACGAUGCCGGUGCCAACCCGAGUGACCAAUGUCAUCCCCAGCAACAUCACCCGGAAAAACCCGCCUGCUGCCCGCAACGGGGGCAGUGAGGCCGACACCCAGAUCCUGGAGCUCAACCAGCAGCUCAUGGACCUGAAGCUGACAGUGGACGGGCUGGAGAAGGAGCGCGAUUUCUACUUCAGCAAACUGCGGGACAUUGAGCUGAUCUGCCAGGAGCACGAGAGCGAGAACAGCCCCGUCAUCGCCGGCAUCAUCGGCAUCCUGUAUGCCACUGAGGAAGGCUUUGCGCCGCCGGAGGAUGACGAGGUGGAGGACCAGCAGCCGGAGGACCAGGACGAAUACUAGCUCCGAGCCCUCCUGCCUUGCGUGACGCCGCCCGGCCGUGCCCGGCCUGCCAUAGACACUGGAGGGUUUGCGUGUCCGGCCGCGGCCUGCUCUAUCACACAUUAUAACGUUUCAACCAACCAGCCCACCACCCCGGUGCUUUCUGUCCAGCCUCAGAUCCUGGGACCCCACGGACUCCGCCAAGGCCUAGAGAGGAGAACCGAAUUGUAAAUACGCAUGGGGCUGCCGGGGGCGGGGGGGCGCCCUCACCACCUCACCCCCUUAUUUAUUUCAGUUGUCCGUUUUGGUGUGAGCGCUGCAGCCUUCCCAGGGGGGCCUCCCGCCCCCCGCCUGGCCCAGCCCGAUCCCUUUGUAUAUUGCCCAGGAGGGAGCUGACUUGCACUUUGCCUGUUGUGGUCACGGGCGCCCAGUUGUUGUGGCCUGGGGAGCGUGAGGGCUCCGGGAGCGCCCCGGCCCGCAUGAGGCUUGGCCCUGGCAGGCGCGAGGGACGGCACGUUUAUUUAUUGGUCUCAGUUCACAUUGUCAAAGCCGACAAAGGUGGCUUUCCCAGCGCCCCGCCCCCCCCGCCAUGCCCGGGGCACGGGUGGUGUCCGCACUCUGCUGGGCUGGCAGGAUCCCAGAGCAGGGGACACCCCCAACAUGACUGCGCUGGGGGGAGCGGGAGCCCCCAGGCUCCACUCUGAGCUGCUGGUCCCCCACCAAGAGCCCCUCCCUGACUGCAGCGCAGGGCACUUGGCCCGCUGCUGGGGGGCGGGACCCUGGCCUGCCCGGAGGCUCAGUGCCCGCCCCCGUGGGUUCCAGCACCGCGCCGUUUCGAUGAGAAUGCCACACAGCCGCCGCUGCCUUGCUCGUCUUCCUGUUCGUAUUGCCUGUCUGCCCAGUCGCCUGCUGUGCAAUCCUGCAUCUGUGUUACGUUGGAUUUCAAAUAAACUGGUGUGGUAAACGCG